AUGAAAGAAGGGGGGAAAUUUACAUUAUUUGGUAAUGUUUUAACAAAUCACGUGAUAAUCUUUUCCUCGAUCUUAUUAAUAAAUGUCUUGAUUUUAUUUUCAUAUAUUAAUGGGUUUUUAUUUUCAAAAGCGGGAAUUUUAAAUAAAUCAGAAAGUUUGGAUGUAUUCAGCAAAAAUGUAUUUGGAAAUGAAUAUGUAGAAUAUUUGAAAACGAAUAAAAAUGUCUAUUCAAUCAUUAAUCCACCUUAUGAUAAAAUUGUUAUCCUUUUAAUUGAUUCACUAAGAUUUGAUUUUACACUUUAUGAUCCAAAUUAUGAUAAAGAAUGGGAAUCGAAUAUGAUGGUCAAAAAUGGGGGUGGGAAAAAGGUAGGAAAUGGAAACAAAAAUAUAAAUACCCUCAUUGAACAAAAAAAAAUUAAAUUAUAUUUAAACAAUAUGAUAAAUUUACAUAACAUUUUAAAAAAAAAAAAAAAUAAUACUCGAUUAUUUCGAUUUGAAGCAGACCCACCAACCCUUACAACAGCCCGACUAAAAUCAAUGCUAGUAGGAAGUAUAUCAAAUUACAUGGAUGUCAAUGAAAAUUUCAAUCCUAAUGAUAAUAUACAAGAUAAUUUUAUUGAUCAAUUAUAUAUUAAUAAAAAACAUGUUACAGCUAUUGGUGAUGAUACGAUUACAAAAUUAACAAAAAAAGUAACAAAAAAAUUAGUAUAUGAAAGCUUUAAUAUAUUUGAUUUUUAUUCAUUAGAUAUUAAAUCCAAAGAUCAUUUUUAUCAAGAAUAUUCUCAAAAUGAUUGGGACCUUAUUUAUUUACAUUUAUUAGCAGUUGAUCAUAUAGGCCAUGUAGAAGGGACAAAUUCAGAAAAUAUGAAAAAUUCUUUAAUAAAUUUUGAUCUAUUUAUAAAAGAUAUAAUUAAUAAAAUCAAUGAAUCUCAAAAAAAUAAUAAAAAUAUAUUAUUUAUAGCGUUUGGUGAUCAUGGACAAUUGGAUUCAGGAAACCAUGGUGGAAUUGACAUAGACGAAACAAACAGUUCUCUGUUUGCUUAUUCACCAUUAAGUUUAAUAAAUCUUGAUAAAAAUAUAAAUUCUCGAAAUUUUGUUUUAUUUGACUAUGGAAAUGAUGGUGAUACAAAGAGAAUGUCUAAAGAUCGACCUUCUGAUGAUUUAUUUAAUUAUCAUGAUUUUAUUACAAAAUAUAAAAAUUCAAAAGAUGAUAAAAAUGAUAUAAUAGGUUAUAGAAAAUAUCAUUCCUCUUUAAACAGUUUAAAUCAUGAAAGGAAAUAUUUUUAUAAUGUUAAAUAUACAAAACAAGUAAAUUUAAUAAGUACUUUAUCACUUUUAAUUGGCUCUACCUUACCAUUUUGCAACAUUGGGAAUAUUAUUCUUGAUCUUAUUCCGAAUGCAUAUGAAAUUGAUAGUGAUACUAAUAUACCAUAUCAAAAAGAGAAGAAACUAAACACUGAAAAAAAAAAUGCCCACCCUAACAAAGAUAUAAAAGAAAAUACUAAAAACAAUGUAGAGAAUAGUAAUAAUCAAUUUGAACACUCAAGUCAAAGUAAAGAAAUGAAUAAAUUUUCACAUACAUACUAUGAUUUGUUAAAUCUGCAUUAUAUUAGUGAACUGAGUUAUGCUAACAUGUGGCAAGUAAACAGAUAUUUAAAUGAAUAUGAAAAAAUGUAUGGAAUUAUAAAAAAUGAUGACUAUUAUCUUAUUAAAAAUGUGUGGGAAAAUAUAGAAAAUGAGAAAUCUGCUUUUUUCAUUCCUCAUAAGGAAUUUAUAGACAACCAAGAAAUAUUAAUAAAGGAAAAAGAAAAAUAUAUAGAAUAUAUAAAUAAAAUUAGAGAAGCAAUGGAUCUUAGUCAAAGAUAUUUUUAUUAUAUUUUUUCUUUAAAAAAUUACUAUUUUUUAUUUUUAUGUCUAUUUGCAAAUAUAUAUUUUUUUAUAAUUUUUAGCAUAUAUUAUUUCUUUUCCAAAUUAAAUUAUUAUAAUAAAUCAAUCGGUAGUAGAAGAUUUGUUCUUUCUAUAAUUCUUGCAUUCUCUAUUUUAUUUCUUCUAAAUCUUUACAAACAAAAAUUAUAUAUUAUGGUACUCUCAUUUUUAUUUCUGUUGUUUGUUGGAUAUAUACUUUUUUUCAAAAAAUCCAAGGAUCAAAAUAUAUUUUCAAUUUUUACACAUGCAAAAAUGCUAAUCGUAUUUAAUAGCUUAAUAUCGAGUAAAUUGAAUGAAGUAGAAAUAAUACAAGAAAAUGAAAACCCUGAUUCGAUUUCAGCAAAACCUGAUACGCCAUUCUUCGAAACUAAACCACAAAACAAUAUUCAAAAACAAGCAAACUUCAAUAAAUUUGAAAAUAAUUCAAAUAAAAAUAUAAACUUAAUUCAUAGAUUCAUCAUAUUUUCAAAAAAACUAAUUAAUGAAAUGAUAAAUACAAGUUAUUUUUUCUUACACAAAAUAAAAUUUAUACAAAUUUUAAGAAGCAACUUUUUUUUUGUAUUUUCUGUUAUCUGGAGUUUUUGUGAAAUAUCUUUUAAUUAUGUAGAAAAAGAAAGAUAUUUUAUUCAUAUCCUUAUAAUGUUUUACGUAUUUUUUUCUUUAAUAUUCCAAAAUUAUAGAAUAUCCACUUAUCUCUUCAGGAGCAUACCGUUGCUAGCUAUUUUGUUAGUUAACUUUAUGGCUAGUUUCCGAUCAGAAUAUUUCAAACAUGACAUGGAAAAAUUUUUUAUAAACAGAUCUGCGUUAAAUAUAAUUUUACCAACAACUUUUUAUAUACUAAGUAUGUUAUUAUUAAGGAGAAGGAGCAAUAAAAUGUUGAAAAAAAAAAUAAAAUUGAUUACAAUAAUAAUAUGGACAUUGCAAUAUUUUUUCGUUAUUAUUUACUUGAUUAAAAUAAAUAAAAUAGCAAAAUUUUGGACACCUUUAAUUAUGUACAUGUUAACAUUUUCGUUUAUAUCAUUUAUUAUAUUACGAAAAAGUGAUAUUUUGGAGAAAACACAAAAUAAAAAUAUUGGAAAUUUUAUAAAAAAAAUGAACGAGUUGGGUGUAACACUUUUUAUCACACUUUGUUCAUUACUACAAUUAUCUCUUAUUAUAUAUAGUAAUACAAAUUUAAGUAUACUUAUAUUUUUUUAUACAACAUUGAUAUUCUUUUAUUUUUACUUUAUAAAUACUGUGGAUUUAAAACAAAAGGAGGAUAUAAAUAAUAUUAAAAUAAGUUGGAUUAUGGAAAAUACUAAUGUAGACAGACAAUUUAAUAAGCAUGUAAAUACACAAAUUAAAGAAAAAAUAUAUUUAAAUCUUCAGAAAGAAAAAAAUAUUUUAUUAAAUAAAUCCAGUAUAAUAGAUCAAACAGAUAUUAUACAAAUACAAAUUGCUAAGUUAAUUCCAAGUAUUUCAUUUUUUUUAAUUAAUGAAACAAGUUUUUACUUAUUAUCAUCACUAAUCUUAAAAUAUAGUUUUUUUUUAACCGGUCAUAGAUUUAUGUUAAAUAAUUUACCGCUAACUUCAGGUUAUAUUGGCUUUGGAAGAUAUUGUUGGCCUUUUAGUCAAAUUUAUAUUUUUUUACAUGUAUUUUUUCCAAUGAUCUUUUCUUUUAUUUUUCUUAUUUAUAUAUUCAAUUUGAGAAAAAUAAAAGCUUUAGAAUUCUUUGAAGAACCAGAUUUUUACAACUUUUACUUAUACCCAUUAAUUAAUUUUUUGUUCAAAAAUAUUUUUCUUUUUUGUAUCAAAUGCAAUGUUUCCAUGUGGACUUCCUUCGUUCUCGAAAUGCAUAUCACGAUAAACGAUUACUUUCUUCCAAAUUAUUUUUACCUAUCCUCUAUAGUUAUUGUUUAUAUAACUUUAUCAAUACUAAUUCUAUCCAUAAUUAGACGAAUUCUUUUAAGAUAA